ACUUAUGUUCCGAAUGGUCCAAAGUCAAUCCAUUUGACAGUGCUGAUCGUAUCCUGCUUUUUUUUUUGGAUGUAAUCAACAGCGACACUUUAGUGCAUUUUUCAUACUGGGAGAAAGGAAUCCCCCAAAAAACCAUUCGCGGGCUUCCUUACUUUCUACUUUUGCAAACCGGAACCGAGCAGUUUAUUGCAUUGCAUUGCAUCGAAAAUUGUAGCCCUUUUGGCGAAAGCCUAUAAAAUGCAUCGCACUUGCCGUCGAUGCGUUCAGUUAGUUCCGAAAAGUCGUCGCAAAAAUGAAAUUCUGGCAAGGAAUUGUGCUGGUGAUCGCUGUGGUGACCAUUUCCCAGCUGGUGGAAUCAGUCCGGCCGGUGAACGGCGGAAACCAAAUCGUAACGCUGGGGACGUUUGCCGCCGCCGACGUGACGUGUUUGACGAAGAAGAUUUUCAAGUUCCAACCCGAUCCGCAGACGAUCAAUUUCAUCAGUACAACCGCCAUCAACUGGAUAAGGGUGACCCAGCUGUCUCAGUAUGGCGUCAGAAGCGGAGUUUCGGCAAGUGUGGUCGGUGGUGCCCUCGCAACCGAAAUGGUCACGCUGAGCGUCGAAGAUACGGGCAACAAGAGCUUCUUCCAGAGCGAUGUUCUAGUGGAGAUGAGAUGUGCGCCAUAAGUUGAAGUUUUGUUUAUUAUUUGUAGAAUAAUUUUAGGUUAUUUCAAUACUAUUUAUUAAUUACCUUUAGUGUCCAUAGAACAUGUGUAGUGCUUUCGAAUCAAGAAUAUGUGUUCAAUAAACCAUCAAUUACAUAUGA